AAUCUAAACCCAACGAAGUCACCCAAAACCGUCGAGUUCGCCCUCAAGCACGGCUACCGUCACAUCGACACCGCAGCGGCCUACGACAACGAGGAAGAGGUGGGAGCCGGCUUCAAGGCCUCGGAGGUGCCCCGAUCGGAAAUCUUCCUCACCUCGAAGCUGUCAAGCACGCACCACGCCGCCGCCGACGUCGAGGAGGCCGUCGGCCAGUCCCUGUCCGACCUGGGCACCGACUACCUGGACCUCUACCUGAUUCACUGGCCCAUAGCCUUCUCCGAGCCCGCGGAUCCCAAGCUCCGCGCCCCCAUCGACCCGGCCGACAGCGGGAUCCACGUCGUCGACGCGCCCGUCGAGGAGACUUGGGAGGCCCUCGAGGAGGUGGUGGCUAAGGGAAAAGUACGCAGCAUCGGCGUCAGUAACUUUACGAGGGAGGUGUCGGAAUCUCUCAUCAAGGUAGCCAAUAUUCGACCUGCCGUCAACCAAGUCGAAGCCCACCCCUACCUCCAGCAGCCCUCCUUGCUAAGCUGGUGCGAGGACCAAGGGAUCAACGUGACGGCCUACAGCCCCUCGGGAAACAACGUCUACGGCUUCCACAAGCCCUUGAACGACCCCGUGGUGGUUGAGUCGGUGACGCCGUCGCGCAUCGAGGAGAACUUUGUCGACUUCCAGCUGCCCGCCGACGCCAUGGACCGCAUCGACGUCCUGGACAGGAACCACCGGCACAAUCUCCCCGCCAGGUUGGGCGUCGAUAUCUUUGGCGAGGUGGGGAGGGAGGCUGCCUGGAAGGGGAGGGCGGAUUGGAUUGCGGCGCAGAAGAAGUGA